AUGUGCGACGCUCGCCGAAAUCAUUCGCAAAACAAUAUUUGGCGCCAUUAUUUACGUGCUUCGAAGAUAGAAGAUGUAUUGACGAAGCUGCAAGCAUUUCCCACUCAACUACAAUCUGAAUGCAUAUGGCUCUCACCGGGAUUUCUGUUUUAUGAGGAAUGCGAACAGGCUUGUGCAUCCGAUCAGCCUUACAACGAAUGUCUACGAAUGUGCGAGUCCGGUGAUUCUCCCAGUGGCUGGUCUUGUCAUAAUGGAUGCAGAAGUUUAUCUGCUGCUCUCAAAGAGCGUUCUGGUGAUUGCCCUCCGGAGAUAUGGCCGACAAUUCACCGAAUUCCAGGACUUUCUAAACGAGCGCAAUCAAUCGGUUGGAUUGGUGGGAACAAAAACAGCCCUAACGAAAUCGCAUUAGAGGGCGAAGAUAUGCUUGGCAGGCAUUUUAGUACACGCUGCUCUGAAGAUUUAGAAUGUGUGCGAGACAGAGAAAAGUGUUGUCAGUCCCGAUGUAGAGAGGCUAUAUAUCGAGAUGAUAUUUUACCUCCGGCACCAACGGUACAGGUUUUGGAAGCCAACAACCCGCCAUCAUUCAUACUUUCGUGGGGACAACGAGAUUUGGGGAACAACUUGUCCGAACCGACUGUAUAUGUGUUGCAAGUGAAAAGCUACUUUGGACCGGAUUAUGACAGCCAACAUGCUGGGGCAUGGAGGACGCUGGUUAUGACUACUUUGAUGGACGCCCAACUAAAAGAACCUCUUGUCGGCUGGUGGUAUCAAUUCCAACUAACCGCGGUGAAUCGAUUUGGCUCCCGUGGAUUUGAAUUUCUCUCUCCACCAGUUCAGCUGAGUAAUCAGAAACCCAAGCCGCCUUCACCACCGGUCAAUCUGACCUGCAAUUACAUGGCGCUUCAGAUGAACGGUACAAUUGCGGCGGAGUUUCAAUGGGUACCACCAACUCAAACCAGCAUCCCUGUGACAGAAUAUAUUGUACACUUGUGUUUAAACGCGACCGGCGCUUGCAGCGAUGUUCCAAAUGUGCCCAAAAAAUGCAACAAAUGUAAUAAAAUUCGUCCUUCGGUGAGUUGUACUGUAGUAAUAUGA